CUGCGUAUGUGGAAGCGGGUGUUGGUGGGGCAACGCGUACCGUCAUCAGUUUUAUUUCAGAGAAGAGUUUGCUCAUUUACGCGUAGUAUCUUUAUGACGAGUGCAUAAAAGGAAUAGCAGCAGCUGGAAAAAUACUCGAAAAGGAUUCACCGAUGGCUGAUAAGCGGCGAUCAAAAAAGCGUAAGGAUGAAUAUACUGGCCCCGGUGGGGCAGAGCAAGAGCUGGAGAAAGCAACAAAAGAAGAAUACAAAGUUGCGAAAUGGCUCAAAUCUAAUGUACCGACAAAGAAAACUAAAUUUUUGAACCAUAAUGUUGAGUAUUUUUCGUCGGGGCGAGCUGUGGAUGCCUUGCUGGCGUCUAAAUUUGCACAGGGAGACAACUGUUUAUUCCCUCAUCGCCAAGCGGUGAUUGACUUCAUGGAUGGAAUGUUGCAUCACAAGUUUUUCCAUCGAGCAAAAAAGGUUACUGUUAGUGAACAGGAACUGAGAGGAAAAUCCAAAAAACCGACACCCGAAAAGGAAAAGGAUAAAAGUAAGGAUGAGAAACCUACUGAUGGAGGUGAAAGUAGCCAUGCUGAGGGAGGUGGUGGAAAGGUAGAUAAAACCACAGCGGAGAAGGAAAAACGGAAGCGUAAGAUUCGAGUAGAAAUGCACCCGGAACAACUGUUUGUCGAUGGCCAUGAAGCAUACGUCUGGCUGUAUGAUCCCAUUCCGAUGCAUUAUUGGAUUUUCGGUGCUUUGUUGGUGGUAGGGGCAAUCGUAAUCUGUCUGUUCCCGCUGUGGCCACCUCUGCUUCGAAAGGGCGUCUACUAUCUCAGUAUAGCGGCUGCCGGAUUUUUGGUAUUCAUUCUCGGUCUUGCCGUUCUUCGAUUUGUCAUUUUCUGUCUCGUGUGGAUUGUAACGGGGGGAAAGCAUCAUUUCUGGCUAUUACCAAAUUUGACCGAAGAUGUAGGAUUUUUCGCUUCAUUUUGGCCACUGUAUGAUCAUGAAUACAAGGAAAGUAACGCGGACAAGGAUAAAAACAAGAAGAACAAAAAACGAAAGCGUGACAAGGACAGUGACGUCGAGGAGGAAACUGCUGACACAAACGUUCCUUUAAGAAUAGACGAAGUUAAAGAGCACGAGUUUAAAUUGAAAUCAUCGGGCCAGAGUACACUAAGGCAUCGUGGAGCUAUCAAACUCGAAGAAGAUGUUGCUAAUGUUAGCGAUGGCCAGGAAGAAAAUCAUGGUGAUAAGGGCAAAACUUCACCAUCGGAGAGUGAAUCGGAGGGCUCUCAGCGGUCUUCCACCGGUAAAGACUUCGAAAUGGUGGACCCCGAUGAGAUGGACAACUCGUAAGCCGCAUAAGACAUCCACACACAGCAUGCUACUAGAACAGACACUUAGACAACUGCACUUUAGUGGAAGCAUUGCAAGUAUAUCUACUACCUAUUAUGGGCAAUCUAUUACGCAUGGAGCUACAACAAUUGUAUUUAUUGCUUACUUGUAUUUGUUUUUGUUUAGUUUCAACAAAUUUAUCCGAUAAAAUAACAUUAGUUUAGCCGUUUUUUGACAGAUUAGAAAAGGAGCAACGAUGAGACGGUUUACAACAGUAUAGCGAACAUAUGUUAGUACCUUACAGCAGCAUGAUUAGGCAAGAUCUGAUUUACUGAGGCCACUGAAAAGCUAUUUAGAAUGUGCUAGAUAACUCUAGCCGUAGAAACAUUUACCGGAUUCUGGUUACAUUUGUUGGAAAGUUCUUGAUGCGAAUAAUAAAGAGGAUUUUAUUUACAAAAAGCAAAUCAUAAACAAAUGUUUGAACUUUCGAUUCUUUGGAAAUAACGAAUUUUCAAAACAAGCUGCUUAUGAUAAGAAAGUUAUAUUGGUGUGAUUAUAAAAUCUUAGCAACGGAGGUUAACAAGAUAAACGAAAAAGGCUCACUUACGCAUAAAAUGUAGUGUGUUACGUGCGAUUCGAACAGUGAUAAAUAGUUUUUCCCUCUUUUUCUUUCGUUUGGCAACAACUAGUACAAUUAAAAAAGUAGCGCUACAUCUAAUUGAUUACUGAUAAUUUGGUUGGUAACUGUGGUAAAUUUUUUACUCUAAUUUUUAAUGAUAGUGCUAAUGUUCCAAUGAGAAUAGAAAUAAAACCAAUAAACAUUGAUAUAAACGUUA